AUGCCAUGCAAUGCACGGUGCACUUCGCCACUUGUGGCAGCUUGUGUGAAGGACUUUCCCAAGGCUGACAAUGAUGCAAUCGCCUCGAAGAGCAUCCAAGCAUGUCUGAACUACACCAAGGAUAGAUUGCUCCCAUUCAUCCAUCGUGGAUCCUGGGAUCCUCAUUUCGACCCUUGGAAGGACGGACAAAAUGCAUCCAUCGUGAUGACGAAUGGCGCUCAGUGGCAGGCCCUUCGCAGCUUGGUGAGUGAGAAGACACUUGCUCAGGACAGACUACAUUCACUUAAUCAAGGCAAGCCAGUGGACCCGACCUUCGAGAAGCAGGCCGUUCAGCUUGUCAGAACUUGCCUUGGUCUCGUAAAAGGCACAUUGACUUCGUUGCUGGAUACCUGGAGAGGUUGCGAGCAGAUUGAUGCCAAAAGAGACAUGUCGCGGUACGCCUUGGAUGUGUUGGGCUCCGCAAUGCUUGGACAGGGCUUUGGCGCCAUUGAUGGCAAGUUUGACGACACUUAUAGGCAUUACCAGGUCGUGAUGGCAGAGAUGCUGAACCCCCUCUACUUGACCUUCCCAGUCCUGGAGAGACUCCCUUUCCCGCGAAAUCUGCGGUUCAGGAAAGCCGUCGACCACAUGUACAAAGUGUUGGAAGGUGCCGUGGAUGCACGGAUUCAGCAGCGACGCGAGCAGAUGGAAGCGGGCACAUUUCGGGAUGAGCCACAGGACAUGCUCGACAUGAUGCUUGGUUCCGGCCUCGAUCCGAAAGGAGUCCUUCCAGACGGAUGUAUGGUGCCUGCACUUUGGAUCUUCUUUCUUGCCGGUCAUGAUACCACGGCAGUUUCAUUGGCAUGGACCAUGCACUUUCUUGCAAAGCAUCCUGAAGUACAGGAAAAAGCACGCCGCGAGGCCUUCGAUGUUCUGGAGGGCAAGACUGAUCCAGAUGCAGAUGAUCUUGAGAGAGUUCCAUACAUCAAUGCAGUGAUCAGCGAAAGCCUCCGUUUAAGGCCUCCAGUCUACAAUCUGAUCUCUCGGGAAGCAGCAGUGGAUACAGAGCUGGACGGAUAUGCUAUUCCCAAAGGGACAGGUAUCUCCCUGCACAUCGGAGCUAUCAACAGACAUCCGGAGGUCUGGGAGAACCCAUUGGACUUCAAUCCAGACCGGUUCCUGCAAGAUAAGCAGCCAAGAGUCUUUAACUACCUCCCAUUCUCCGCAGGACCUCGCCGGUGCUUGGGAGACAAGUUUUCUCUGCUGGAGCAGCGCACGCUCCUACUGAAGUUGCUCACGCAGUUCCAGGUCUUACCAGAUGGCGACAUGGUGAUGCAGGAGGAUACAUACUCGAAAUCUGCAAUCAGCUUGAUGCUCCUGCAGCCAGAGGAGAUCAAGGUCCGAGUCCAGCAGCUGAGUUGA